AAGUGACAGUGGGCGAGGAAACUGAACCGGUAAAUGUAAUAUUUAUAUUACAUCUACAUAAUUAUUGGAAGUCCACUCACAGUUAUUGCUUGUACUGUGGAGUUUAUCGGAGCAAACAACCUUCGGUUUCGAAUUCCCGCUGCUGCAUUCGGACACCCGCGGCCCGGUAACGGCCCGGCAGCCGUCCCAGCCGCUGUUGCCAUGCAACGGGCGGCGUUUGCCGGAUAAACAGAGGGCCCGAAAAGUUGGCAGGGAAAGCCAAGCGUCUUUCACGCAGUCUCUGAAUUUAGAAAAGGAUCAGCGGAAACUUGACAGCGGUGUGCCCGAGUUCUAGCUACCAAAAAAAAAAAGUGCUUUUUGCAUUUUUUGUCAUUUUUGGAUGGUUUUUGGUCAGCGGAAACUCGAGUUUUGCCCCAAGGAGGAAACAGGACGUCCCUCUGAAUAAAACCAUCCCGUCAGAGUAAAACGCUCCAAUUUGAAAAUGAAGGGCGUAGCAGAGGCAACAACAAAGUUCUCAAAAGUAGAAUAUUUAUCUGAUUUGGUUCCCUCCAAUCAUUUUGUGCUUAUUAAAAGUGGAUUAACGCACGCCACUGGGACUUCCUCCGAGCUGCUCGUGAUGUCACAAAACAGUCGAAUCGUGCGUGCCAAAGAAACAAGUUACUGCGCAAAUAAUACAGCAAGGCGCAAGGUGAGCGCAAGACAUUCUAUCUAUGUUUCCACACACAGAGUGUCAGGUCGACGUGUCUGCAGCGCUCGUGCGAACAAAUAGAACAAAGACAAGAGAUUUUCCAGAUAAAAGCGUUGAAACGUCCCACUAAUCUUUUCGGGGAUUGAGUUGCCUGGAAACACAACACCGGUUUAAAUGCGCGUGGAUUUGCCGAGUCAUAUAUAGACACUCGCCGUCUCGAUGACAGCCAGCGCUUACGUUGAAAACGAGCCCAGGCGGGAUCCCGGCAGUCCGUACCGGCCUGCGCGUCGGGUGGCGAAUCGCUACGCUAACCCGAGAAAAAUUCUCGGGGGUGAAGCGUGUGCGCAAAUGAUGCCAUUAAGAUUCCUACGAAUGCUUUGUAAAUAUUUUCUAAAUGGAUGGAAAAUUUGUUCGCAACCGUUGAGCUUGACUUGAAUCAGUUUUACUGGAUUGCCGAUACCGCUCGCAAGGUGGUAAAAUUCUAAAGCGGAACCUUUUGGGAAACUAUGGAAAAUGACUUUGCAGUCCACUAGUUUUUGUACGUUUGCAUUAAAAAGUACUUUUGCUGGUCUUUGAAUUCAGAUUAUUUUUUCUUUGUGAAGAUCAAAUUCAAGAAUGAGGACAAAGAAAUGUAAUAGCCAUAAAAGUCAAGCUAACGGUACAAAAAACAAACAAACAAACAAUGGCACCGUACAGCACUGACAGAAGGAAUGGGUUAAAUUUUUGGGUUGACGCGCUUGAUCUUCGUUUUAGCCACGACACCCAAAAAUCCGGACAACUGAUAUUGGUGAAAAGUCUUUAACGCUUCAUCUCCACAAUUCAGUUCUAUGUCGUUCUCUAUGGAAGUAAAUAUGUGCCACCAGGAUUUGAAUUCAAAAUCUAUCCAUCCACCCAUUCAUUUUCUUUGCCGCUUAUCCUCACGAGGGUCGCGGGGAGUGCUGGAGCCAAUCCCAGCUGUCAACGGGCAGGAGCACCCUGAACUGGUUAACAGCCAAUCGCAGGGCACGUAGAGCCAAACAACCAAUCGCGGCCACAAUCACACCUAGGGGCCAAUUAAUGUUGCAUGUUUUUGGGAUGUGGGAGAAAACCAGAGUGCCCGGAGAAACUCCACACAGGCGGGUGCGGGAUCGAACCCGGGACCUCAGAACUGUGAGGCCAACGCUUUACCAGCUGCGUCACCGUGCACUCCUGGGAUUCAACGAGCCACAAUUCGCUGUCUGAAAUUCAGCGUCCGUGGCACCAGGCAAGGGUCACUUCAGGUCAGAACUUAACAGCCAUCCAAUCCAGUUGCGCCUUCUUAGUAUGUGAUGUCACGUGACUGAGAAAGCGUAACUGGAUUGGCUGCCUUCUUAACACUGAAUUUAGACGGUGAAUUUCAGACAGCCAAUUGACCCCUCCGUCGAUAUUGCGCAAUCCGCGUCACUGACCAAUCAGAGGCCGGAGAUCUGCAUAAACCAAAGCCCGUUUUUGCUCCCGCCAUUUUCUCAGUCAACAUUGCAUGGUCCAGUAUAGGUUUUGUUAGCGUUUUAUCGCGUAUUUGGGUUAACAAAAAAUAUGGUUAAGAGGUGUAGUCACGGACUUUGUAAUAGUGACGACGGGUAUCCUGAAAGGCUAGUUGGUGGAGUUCGAUUCGUACCCUUUCCAAAACCGAAGACCCAGUACAAAAAAUGCCUUCGAUGGGUCAAACUUUGUGGAAGACCGCAUCAUCAACUAAAUCCAUCUAAUAUCAACCGGAACACAUAUGUUUGCACGAAGGGGAUCAAGCGUGGGUGAAAAUGGCUGAGCGCUACGACUGCCACUACUGCAAGGAGUCCCUCUUCGGGAAGAAGUACGUGCUGCGGGAGGAGAAUCCCUACUGUGUCAAAUGUUACGAGAGCCUGUACUCCAAUACCUGCGAGGACUGCAAGAAACCCAUUGGGUGCAAUACCAGAGAUCUGUCUUACAAAGACCGCCACUGGCAUGAGGACUGCUUCAAGUGCUUCCAGUGCAAGCGCUCCCUGGUGGACAAGCCCUUCUCCACCAAGGACGAGCAGCUCCUGUGCACCGAGUGCUACUCCAACGAAUACUCCUCCAAGUGCCACGAGUGCAAGAAAACCAUCAUGCCUGGCUCCAGGAAGAUGGAGCACAAGGGCAACAGCUGGCACGAGACCUGCUUCACUUGCCACCGAUGCCAGCAGCCCAUCGGCACCAAGAGCUUCAUCCCCAAGGACAACCACAACUUCUGCGUGCCUUGCUACGAGAAGCAGUUCGCCAUGCAGUGCGUGCUCUGCAAGAAGCCCAUCACCACUGGCGGCGUGACCUACCGUGAGCAGCCUUGGCACAAGGACUGCUUCCUGUGCACUAGCUGCAAGCAGCAGCUGUCCGGCCAGAGGUUCACCUCCAGAGACGACUUUGCCUACUGCCUCAACUGCUUCUGCAACCUCUACGCCAAGAAGUGUGCUUCCUGCACCACCCCCAUUAGCGGCCUCGGAGGCAGCAAGUACAUUUCCUUCGAGGAGCGCCAGUGGCACAACGACUGCUUCAACUGCAAGAAGUGCUCCGUCUCCCUGGUGGGCCGCGGCUUCCUGACCGAGCGCGACGACAUCCUGUGCCCCGAGUGCGGCAAAGACAUCUGAAGGCCGCUUGCCGCACGCGUACACGCGGAGAGAAAUUAACGUGAAAACGAACAUCCAGCAGACGCGGCACGUCCUGCAGCGCCUUUACUCGCGUCUAAAUGUACAUUGUUGUACGGCACGAUUACCGUUUGACUAGAACUGAUGACAAAAUGUUAACAGAAUAUCUACUUGCAUGAAUGUAGAGGACAUGUUUGCAAUUAUGAUGUCUAGAAUCGACAUGAAUGAGAUUGCACGCUUCUAACUUGAUUAAUCCCUGCGUCGUGUUCGGAUUAGCCUCUGUGCAACACUUGCUAUAGACUUUUGCGUAAAACGUAGAUGUGCAUGAAGUUACGUUUAUAGACUAGAAUGAUUCGAAAUAAAAGUGUUAACAAGGCAUAA